CAUUCUUGUUCUAUUCUUCUUUCUCCAUCUCUAUCUCUCUCCGUCGUUAGAAUGGUGAAGGUUUGGGGUUUGGUGGCGAUAGUGCUUAUUGUUUUGGCCGAAAAUGUCUUGUCUUAUGAUCGGCCGGGUCCUCGCCAAAAUAUAGUGAUCCAUCCUUCUAACGAAGAUGAUCCUAUGUUCCCCGAACAGGUGCAUAUAUCUCUGGUGGGGCAAGAUAAAAUGAGAAUAUCAUGGAUAACAAAACACCCAAUCAUACCAUUCCCGAGUGUUGUAUAUGGCACAGUCUCUCGCAAAUACGAAGGCUCGGCUAAUGGAACAUCGUCGUCGUACCACUACUUGUUGAUCUACCGAUCUGGCCAAAUUAAUGAAGUGGUUAUAGGUCCAUUAAAGCCCAAUACAGUUUACUAUUACAAAUGUGGACGCCCACAUUCAACUCAAGAGUUCAGCUUCAGGACCCCUCCCUCUCAAUUCCCCAUCAAAUUCGCCGUGUCUGGUGACCUUGGGACAACUGAAUGGACUAGAUCAACAUUGGAACAUAUCUCGAAAUGGGAUCACGACGUUUUCAUCUUGCCUGGUGAUCUAUCUUACGCUAACAUGUUCCAACCCACAUGGGACACUUUUGGUCGCUUGGUGCAGCCACUUGCAAGCCAAAGACCUUGGAUGGUCACUCAAGGCAACCACGAAGUCGAAAAAAUACCUCUGUUACACCAUACUUCCUUCACCGCUUAUAACAAGAGGUGGCGCAUGCCAUUUGAAGAAAGUGGCUCGACCUCGAAUUUGUACUAUUCCUUCAACGUUUAUGGAGUCCACUUUAUCAUGUUGGGGUCAUACACAGAUUUCAAGGCUGGCUCGGAGCAGUACCUAUGGUUAGAAAAUGAUCUCAAAAAGGUUGACCGUAAGGCCACACCUUGGUUAAUGGCUGUUGUGCAUGCCCCUUGGUACAACACCAACGAAGCCCACCAAGGAGAGAAAGAGAGUGUGGAUAUGAAAGCAUCUAUGGAAACACUUCUUUAUAAAGCACGCGUUGAUGUGGUUUUUGCUGGUCACGUCCAUGCUUACGAGCGUUUCAAUCGAGUGUACCAAGAUAAGUUCGACAAAUGUGGACCAGUUUAUAUUAACAUUGGGGAUGGUGGCAAUUCAGAAGGCCUUGCUACCGAGUACAAAGAUCCAAAACCCGAAAUAUCAUUGUUCAGAGAAGCAAGUUUUGGGCAUGGUCAAUUGGUGGUCGAGAAUGCGACUCAUGCACAUUGGGAAUGGCAGAGGAACGACGAUGAUGUCUCGGUCAAAAAGGAUUCGAUUUGGUUAACCAGUCUCUUAGCCGAUUCAUCUUGUCAUAUUUAGACCGUCUCGGUUCUUGUUCUUGAAUCAUAUUGUUAGGACUUGUGCCUCAUCAAUGAUAACAUAUGUUAAAAAUGUCGAUGUGAAUCGAAAUUACUGAAAGGCAUAUAUGAAUUGUAUUGAGUAUUCAGGACAGAUAAAUUUUUAAUA